GGGAGCAGCACCUGAAACGAAAGUGAUUCGGCUCGGGAGGCCGAAGGGAGAUCGCCAAGGGCUCCGACACCCCGCUGCGCUGCGCGGGGCAGGCGGCGAGCGGAAUCCGGAGUGAGACCGGAUCAGCCCCGGGCCCGGCGCGGUCCAGGCCGGGAGCCCCCUUGGAGUCAGAGGCCCCUGCCGCGCCCGGGGGAGAACAGGUGCAGAGAAAGACAGCCUAACCUUACGGAAGCACCAUGUCAUACCCCUGCGAUCCCCCUCCCUACAAUGACAAGAAUCCCCUCAUCCCGCUGCUGCCGGAGGACUACUCGCAGCUGGGACCCUCUGCUGUGGGGUACCUGCAGCCUCCGGGGUACCCGCAGCCGGGAGGCGAUCCUGGGGCCUCCGUGCAACCUGCAGCCUGUGCUGGGGGCUACCUGGUGCCCGGAGGAUAUGCACCCUCGGCAGGCUAUCCGCAGCCAAAGGGCCCGGAGGCCCCCAGGCCAGUGCUUCCUGUGCACUUAGGGGACACCAGUCUCCCCGCAGUGAACAGCUACAUCGUCACCGGCUUGGGGGAUGACGUCGUCAGGACUGUUGACUGGGACGACAAGAGAGUGCGACACACCUUCAUCCGCAAGGUCUACACCAUCAUCUCAGUCCAGCUGCUGGUGACCGUGGGCAUCAUCGCCGUGUUCACCUUCGUCUCCCCCGUCCACACCUUCGUGCAGAGGAACAUUGCUGUGUACUACUCCUCUUACGCCGUGUUCCUCGUCACCUACCUGGUACUGGCCUGCUGCCAGGGCCCCAGGAGACGCUUCCCCUGGAACCUCAUCCUGCUGAGCAUCUUUACGCUGGCCAUGUCCUUCAUGGCGGGAACCAUCGCCAGCAUGUAUGACACCACAGCUGUCCUGAUCGCCAUGGUGAUCACUGCCAAAGUGGCCAUAAUUGUCACCGUCUUCUGCUUCCAGACCAAGGUGGAUUUCACAUCGUGUACCGGGCUGUUCUGUGUGCUGGGGAUCGUUGUUGUUCUGACAUCGAUAGUCACUGCCAUCGUCCUGUACUACAAAUAUAUUCAGUGGGUGCACAUGGUGUUUGCGGCCGUGGUUGCGAUCGCCUUCACCCUGUUCCUAGCCUACGACACGCAGCUGCUGGUCGGGAACAAGCAGUUCGGCCUCAGCCCCGAGGAGUACGUCUUCGGCGCCCUGGAGAUCUACGUGGACAUCGUCUACAUCUUCUUGUUCCUGCUGCGGUUCCUGGGCUGGAAAUAGAGCCUCCAGCCGGGCUCCUGGCUGGCACAGCCCGGGGCCGAGGAGCACUCUGGGAACACCUCGCUUCCUUCCUGCUUCUGCUCCUUUCUCCCUCCUUGCCUCGGCGUGUCUCUCCCGGCCGACGGCCUCUGGUUUCCCCCCUUCCCUGGGGAGCCCAGCGUGGGAUUCCCACAGUCUGCGCCUAGAGGGGUCGCGGGCGAGACUGCCCUGGAGAAGCCCAAUAACGAGGCUUUGCCCAGCAGUGCAGCCAGAGUUGGCAGAUCUCUGUCUGCCCCGUUAAUGGCUCCGCUGCCCUCUGUGCUCGCACGUGGCCUCCGUCUGUCUUCACUCCCCGCUGUGCCCCAGGGGUGUGUCAAUGCCCUGAGUUCACCCUCAUAACGGCCCUUGGAACUUGGUGCCAGGUGAGGCACCUGCCCCCAGACCCCCACACACGGCCCCUCUGCCAGCACGAGCUGCUCAGACAAGGGGGCACCUCAUAUUCCCCAGAAAUAGCUGAGAGAGGGCAGUUCUGGACAUCACGCUCCACAUGAUGAGUGGUGAGGCAGAUCCUCCACCCUGAGGAGAAGUGAAUUCACUUCUCUUGUAGCAAGCAGGCAGGUCGAGGCUUCUGUCUAUCACCUUAACAUAAGCCUGACCUAUCCCGCGCCGUGCCUGGCGAGCAGCGUUGCUCCGAAAUAACGUGCUGGAUGGUUUGAGUUACCUGGAGCUGCCUGAGGUCAGGCUUGAGACGUGUCACCCCAGCUGCUGUUUGGACCCCGGUGAGAUGCCACGGGGGCGGGGGGCAGCGCCUUCAUCACAUCCAAACCCACUCAGGGGAGAGCAGAAAGACAGGGGCUCGGUCCUCGCUCCGAUCCAAACCCUGGUGUGCAAGUUCCUUCAGUCGUGCAGAGCGCCCUCCAGUGGCGAGGAGCGGGGGGCUGCGAUUACUGCACGGAUCUGAUUUUUAAAGGGGUGGGGGGGAUUUUUUUAUACGUGUCCUAGACAUCAGUGUUUUCCCAGCACAGUUUUUACCCUGUGUCUGAGAGUGGUUUUUUUACAGUACAGCAAAAAUCUUCAGGGUUAACAAUCCUGCUUUGGUCUCGAGUUUGUUAGUGCCUUAAACUAGCCCCGUGCUAAGUGGUUUUUUAAAUCUCCUUCGCUACAGCCUGUGAAGUGUACACAGGAGCGACCCAGGCUGGCUCUUGCCAGGUUUCUGUUCUUUCUAAUUCAAUGUCUUUUAUCCUUGGUUAAGCAAAGGGCUUUUUACCGCACGGCUUUGUUGUGUAUUUGACUAGUCCGGACAGCCAAAGGGCCUUGAAAUAACGUUGUUUGACAAGGGGGGAGGCGAAUGGCGCCAGGGGAAUUGCAAAGCAGCGUGCUGUGUACAUUGCUCAUGCUCUGGAGUAAGAGAUUCGCUUAUUGCAGGUGGAAACAGAACUGGGGCCGCAGGCAGCAUUGUAAGUCACCACCCCUAAUGCUAGAGGCUAGAACAGGUGCUGUAAGUGGGGGCGUCUCUCCCCACUUCCACCUAGCGGAUGGGGCGGAAACGCUGCGUUGGAGCCCUCUGGCUCCCCCGGGGCAGUGCUGGUGAAGGGGGCGGGGGGCAGCAGCUGAGCCCAGAGCCGGUUCCCAGCUCCUCAUGGGAAGAGCAGGCUCAGAGCAGGGCGGCUGGAUCAGAAUCCCCAGGCCAACGCCCUAAAGGGCAGGGUGUAGGGAGGGGAACUGGGGGUGCAGCCAGCGUUAACCCUUUGUGCUCCUUCCACGACGCUAGCGGCUUGGGCCAGCCUUGUUCACUCGGUGCCUUAAAUCCCGACGUUCCCGGCAGAUGAUUUGGGGUCAGCCCAGCGCAUGGCAGGGAGUCGCCCCUUUCACGGGCAGCCCUCGGGGAGGGAGAACAGCCUGUCCUGGAUGCCGGCCUUGGAGGCAGAGCUGCUGGUGAGCAGAGCCCAGCUCUGUCCUGGCUGAGGGUGGGGGCGGUAGCCAGCUGGGCUGUCAGGUGGGCUGCAGAGGUUAGUGGAUCGGCUCAACGCCCCCCCCUGAGGACAGACCUAGAGACCCCUUCCUUGGGAGCGCUCGGCAAACCGCCAGCCGGGUUCGGAGUGGUCCCCAGUCCAUGCAGCAGGGGCGUGAGGGGAUGGCUGUUCGGCAUACGCUGUAUUAUAUUCUAACGCUGCAGCCAGUGGGAGCCGCACAGUCGGCUCCCAGCACCAGAGAACAGCUUGCACUCAAUAAAGCGACACUUUAAUUUUUCAAGCA